CCCAAGGCUCCGUUAUCCUUUUAUCUGACUAGUCCUCGAGAAUCCCUCUUAACUAUCCUCAACAAGACACUCAGCAGCUCUCAAAAGCCCGGGAUGAAAACGCCGAUGAUCCGUAAUCGAUUGAAUUGGAUUCUAGGCUUAUUUCUG